GUCGUACAAAGUGUGUUCACAAGCCUUCCAAACUUCGAAUGGAUUGGACGUUCGUUUCGCAAUUGAGUAUAAAGCGCGCAGUUUCGCGAUCAAACUAAAUUCGAAACUAAAAUAGUACAUAUUUUACUGAAAGUCGUGAAUACCAGCAAGUGCAUUGUGCAAAUCUAUAUAUCACCACAAGAAGAAUCAACAUGGCUCUCCGCAUAGCUGCACUUAUCCUGAAGAAUGAACUGACUCCCAAUGUUACGCAGCAGUUGCGCCAAAUGCGUACGUCGAGUGUUGCGAGGUCACAAUUCCUGAAACAUUCACCCAAUACGGCGCUGGACAAGAGCAUUCUCCAGCGUUACCGUAACCUGGAAACGCCGCCCAACCGAGUGCAAGCUACCUACCUCUGGAUUGAUGGCACUGGUGAGAAUAUACGGCUAAAGGACCGUGUUCUCGACAAAGUGCCGAGCUCUAUAGAAGACUUACCCGACUGGCAAUAUGAUGGCAGCUCCACAUAUCAGGCACAUGGCGAGAACUCCGAUACUACUCUUAAGCCACGUGCCAUAUACCGGGAUCCAUUUAAGCCAGGCCAAAAGGACAUUAUUGUGAUGUGCGACACAUACAAUGCAGAUGGUAAGGCCACCCCAUCAAAUAAGCGCGCUGAUUUCCAGGCUGCUGUACAAAAAAUUGCGGAUGAAGAGCCUUGGUUUGGCAUCGAACAGGAGUAUACACUGCUUGAUGUGAACGGACGUCCCUUUGGCUGGCCAAACAAUGGGUUUCCUGCACCUCAAGGCCCUUACUACUGCGCCGUGGGUGCCGACCGUGUGUAUGCACGAGAUCUUGUCGAGGCACAUGCAAUUGCCUGCCUAUAUGCUGGCAUCGAUUUUGCCGGCACCAAUGCUGAAGUGAUGCCGGCCCAAUGGGAGUACCAGGUGGGCCCCAGUAAUGGAUUGAAGGCUAGUGAUGACCUGUGGGUGUCGCGUUACAUUCUUCAACGAAUUGCUGAGGAGUACGGCGUUGUAGUUACCUUCGACCCUAAGCCAAUGGAGGGUCAAUGGAACGGUGCGGGGGCCCACACAAAUUUUUCCACCAAGGCUAUGCGCGCAGAAGGCGGCAUUAAGGUCAUUGAAAAUGCGAUCGAGAAGUUGAGCAAGAAGCAUGAGCGCCAUAUCAAGGCCUACGAUCCAAAGGAGGGCAAAGAUAAUGAGCGGCGACUUGUCGGUAGGCUGGAAACCUCCAGCAUUGAUAAGUUUUCAUGGGGGGUAGCUAACCGGGCCGUCAGUGUUCGUAUCCCUCGUGGCGUGGCCACUGCCGGUAAAGGCUACUUUGAGGACCGUCGGCCCAGCUCCAACUGCGAUCCGUACGCCGUCUGCAACGCACUCGUCCGCACUUGCAUUUUGAAUGAAUAGACAGCUGUUGAUAACAGCUCUCUCGACCGUGCCAACAGCUGGAAUUUGGUUUUUGUUGCAUAUGCCCAUACAUACAUACCUACAUACAUAUAUAUUGUCUGUGCACAGACAUACAUAAGUAUAUGUAUAAAUAGUAUACGCGCGUAUCUAGCCGUUCUGGAAAUAGUCGGUCAAUCGUAAAAUUCCAAUGUUUUUAUAAAUUGAGUAAUAGGUUUUGUUGUUAUUUAAAAGACAAAAAAGAGUGGGCGGGAGCAUUGUUUUUAGGAUUUAAGUGAAUCAAGUGAAAUGGAAAGGAAAAGAUAUGAAUGAAAAAUAUCACGCAGUUACACAUUAUUUUAAUUAUGUAAUUUGUUGGCACUGAAAAUACACUCAAAUGCAUUUAUUAAUUACAAUUAUUAUAA